CCAGUUUCUGAAGGCUCAAAAAUCAUUCCAUUAUCUGUGCUGGCUCCUGAACAAACGACCGAACGGUGCUUUUAUUGACCCACCUUCUGCAAUGGCUUCCUUUGAGGAUUACGACGAAUUUGGAAACUAUAUCGGGGCUGACCUCGACUCUGGAGAGGAAGAUGAGGAGCCCCAGAACACCCUUCAGCAGGCACCUGAAGCUCAGCCUUUGGAGGGCUACGAUGAGCCUAUGGACUCUGAGCAGGAAGGGGCGUUAAUGCAGAUUGACGAACCCAUUCACAACGCCAUCGUCCUGCACGAGGACAAGCAAUAUUAUCCAUCCGCAUCAGAUGUCUAUGGGGCCGACGUGGAAACACUGGUGCAAGAGGAAGAUGCUCAGCCACUCACUGAACCCGUCAUUGCGCCCGUCAAACAGCGAAGAUGGACGAUAGAGGAGAAGGAUAUGCCAGGGACGCGUUUUGAUAAAGGAUUCUUGGUCAAUAUGAUGUCUUUUCCUGAAAUGACGCGAAACGUCGCAGUUGUUGGCCAUUUGCAUCACGGAAAAACGGCUCUUAUGGACAUGCUGGUAUUCGAAACACACCAGCUGUUAUGGGACGCCGACAAGCCGACCCGCUACACUGACACUCAUGUUUUAUCGCGGGAUCGGGAUAUUUCCAUUAAAUCUUCUCUUAUGUCUCUCAUUCUUCAAACGACGGGUGGAAAGUCGCACUUGAUCCAUCUGAUUGACACACCUGGACAUGUCAACUUCGUCGACGAGGUUGCAUCCGCAAUGCGUGUCGUAGAUGGUAUUGUUCUUGUGGUUGAUGUGGUUGAAGGGAUGAUGGUGAACACAGAAGCCAUCAUUCGUCAUGCUCUACAAGAAAACAUCAAAAUGACUUUGGUCAUAAACAAAAUUGACCGUCUAAUUCUUGAACUACGAAUCAAGCCUGCAGAUGCAUACUACAAGAUAAAGCACACCAUCGAAGAAAUCAACACCUUCAUUAGUGGAAUCGACCCCGAUCCAGAGCUUCGCCUUAGCCCUGAAAAUGGGAAUGUAGCAUUUGCUAGCACAGACAUGGGCUGGUGCUUUACCCUUCGGUCAUUCGCUAAAAUGUAUGCAGACACAUACGGUUCCGUUGACAUCAAUUCGUUCGCCGAUCGUCUCUGGGGUGACAUCUAUUUCAACUCUGAGACGCGCAGGUUCACCCGAAAAGCUGCGGACCCCGAGUCAAAUCGGUCCUUCGUCGAGUUUAUUCUUGAACCGCUUUACAAGCUCUACAGCCAAGUGCUGAGCGAAGAAACGGAUUCACUGAAGGCAACACUAGCAGACCUUAAAAUCCACUUGAAGCCCGUAAUGUACAAGAUGGACGUUAGACCGCUGCUGAAGGCCGUGAUGGACCAAUUCUUUGGCCCUGCGACGGGCUUGGUCGAUAUGAUUGUGGAAUGUGUGCCCAACCCCAUUGAAGGCGCUCCAAGCAAAGUUGAACGGACAUAUACUGGCCCACUUACCUCCUCGGUGGCGAACUCCAUGAAGGCCUGCGACCCUGAAGGACCUGUCAUGGUGCACGUUACAAAACUCUAUCACACGACAGACGCCCAGUCUUUCAGAGCGCUCGGUCGUGUUUUUAGUGGCACUGUUAGAAAAGGCAUGAAUAUCAAGGUUCUUGGCGAGGGCUACUCACCAGAGGAUGAGGAAGAUAUGAUGAAGGUAACGGUGGAGGAUAUUUGGCUAGGCGAAUCAAGAUACUUCAUCCCAGUAGAGGAAGCGCCAGCUGGAAAUCUCAUUCUUCUCGGUGGUGUUGACCCAUCAAUCAUGAAGACCGCCACGCUUGCUUCUCCUGAUAUCGACGACGAUCUCUACAUUUUCCGUCCUAUCAAACACAUGACACAAUCUGUGCUCAAAAUUGCUAUUGAGCCCAUCGCACCAUCAGAACUGCCCAAGAUGUUGUCUGGCUUGCGGAGUAUCAACAAGUCGUAUCCGCUGGUGUCGACGAAAGUAGAGGAGAGCGGAGAGCACGUGCUCAUUGGAACUGGGGAAUUGUAUCUUGACUGUGUGAUGCAUGAUCUACGACGGCUCUUCUCCGAGAUCGAGAUCAAGGUUUCAGAUCCGGUGACCAAAUUCUGCGAGACGGUUUUAGAGACUAGCGCGCUGAAAUGCUACGCUGAUACACCAAACAAAAAGAAUCGUCUCACUAUGAUUGCGGAGCCACUCGAGCGAGGGAUCGCAGAGGACAUUGAGACUGGCCGCGUCAACAUGCGGAUGCCGGCCAAAGAGCGCGGCAAAUUCUUCGAACAGAAGUAUCAAUGGGACUUGCUGGCUUCACGAUCAAUCUGGGCGUUCGGUCCCGAGGACAGUGGCCCGAAUGCUCUACUUGACGAUACGUUGCCUUCCCAGGUUGACAAAAAACUGCUCGGUUCCGUCAAGGAGCAUAUCAAGCAAGGCUUCCAGUGGGGCACUCGGGAGGGCCCUCUAUGCGAUGAGCCGAUGCGCAAUGUAAAGUUCCGUAUUCUCGACGCCAGUCUGGCUCAGGAGCCAAUCUUCCGCGGAGGCGGACAAAUAGUGCCCACCGCACGACGCGUCUGCUAUUCGUCUUUCCUCAUGGCCACACCAAGAUUAAUGGAACCCAUAUACUACGUCGAAGUUCAGGCGCCAGCAGAUUGCAUAUCCGCCGUGUACACCGUUCUUGCGCGUAGGCGAGGCCACGUCACUCAAGAUAUCCCGAAGGCUGGCUCACCGCUGUACACUGUCAAGGCCCUCAUACCAGUCAUCGACGCCAACGGGUUCGAGACAGACCUGCGGACGGCGACGCAAGGGCAAGCAUUCUGUGUGCAAGUCUUUGAUCAUUGGUCAAUAGUGCCGGGUGACCCUACGGACACGAGUAUCAAGCUUCGGCCAUUGGAACCCGCGUCCGGCCAGGCGUUGGCGCGAGACUUGGUGCUGAAAACCCGUCGGAGAAAGGGACUCGGCGACCAGAUAGCGGUCUCAAAAUAUUUGGACGACGAGUUUGUGCGAAUAAUGAUGAGCAGCACUGUGAUAUCGCGCGAUACGGUGCACGCCCUGCUUGCUGCUCUCGUUGCGACAAGCGCGUCGGCAGCUGACAAGCCUGUAUUCAAGCCUACAGAUAUCGAAGCUCCUUUCCUUGAACAGUUUACUGAGGGCUGGGAGGAGCGCUGGACACCGUCAGAGGCGACGAAGAAGACGCCUGUUGGGGGCGAGACUUUCAGCUACGUUGGCAAGUGGUCCGUAGAGGAGGCCUCGGCGCCUGUCAUCGAAGGUGACCUCGGAUUGGUCGCAAAGUCCAAGGCCGCCCACCAUGCCAUCUCGGCCCCGUUCACUGAAUCCCUCGACUUCUCGGAAAAACCUCUCGUCGUGCAGUACGAGGUCAAGUAUCAGAAGGGCGGAAACUGUGGUGGUGGGUACCUCAAGCUCCUUGAGGACGGCUACCAGACCAGCGGCAAGGAGUUCUCCGACCAGACUCCAUGGGUUGUCAUGUUUGGUCCCGAUCUCACCUGCCCAGGUACCAAGGUGCACUUCAUCUUCCGUCACAAAAACCCAGUGAACGGCGAAUACGAGGAGAAGCACCUCACGCUUCCACCGAAGCCCUCUAUCGAGAAGACAACUAACCUCUAUACUCUCAUUCUCCACCCGAACAAUACCUACGAUGUCCUGUUCAACGGAGUCAGCCACAACCUCGGCAACGUCCUCGAGGACUUCACCCCCGCUGUCAACCCUCCCAAAGAGAUCGAUGACUCGGAGGACAAGAAGCCCGAAGACUGGGUCGACAUUAAGAGAAUUCCGGACCCCGAUGCUACCAAGCCUGCCGACUGGGAUGAGGACGCUCCCUAUGAGGUUCCCGACGAGGAAGCCGAGAAGCCGGAAGGCUGGUUGGAUGACGAGCCAUCAACAAUCCCCGACCCUGAUGCUGAGAAGCCUGAGGAAUGGGACGACGAGGAAGACGGUGACUGGAUCGCGCCCACUGUCCGCAACCCCAAGUGUGACGAGGCGCCUGGCUGCGGUGAAUGGAAGCGUCCCUUCAAGUCUAACCCCCUCUACAAGGGCAAGUGGUACGCCCCCAUGAUCGACAACCCUGCAUACAAGGGCGAGUGGGCCCCGCGCAAGAUCGCCAACCCUGACUACUUCGAGGACCUGACUCCCGUCAAGAGCCUGAACAAGAUCGGCGGUGUUGGGAUUGAGCUUUGGACUAUGACUGAGGAUAUCCUCUUCGACAACCUUUACAUCGGCCACUCCGUCGAGGACGCCAAGAAGUUGGCUGCGGAAACCUUCGAGGUCAAGAAGGAGCUAGAGAAGGCGGCUUCAUCUGUCCCUGAGGACGAGGAGGAGGUCGUGGUUGGCUCGUUCGCUGAGGACCCCGUCGCGUUCAUCCGCCAGAAGGCGUUCAAGUUCAUCGACCUCGCCAAGGUUGACCCUGUCGGCGCGUUCAAGACGCACCCCGAGACUGGUGCCGCCCUUGUCGGUACUGUCGUCACGUUCUUCGCGAUGCUCGGUGCUCUGUUUGGUCUUGUCGGUAGCCAGCAAAAGCCUGUUACCAAGUCGUCGAAGAAGACCGAUGCUGCCACUCCGGAUGACAAGAAGGAUGAUAAGGCGCCUGUUGCGGCUGCCGGUGGCGAGAAGAAGGACGAGAGCUCAGUGAAGAAGCGGAAGUAAAAGACUGUUUGGGCUUUUUGGAUCGGGUCGGGUCGGGUCGGGGGAUGGUACAGGUCUGUUACCUACCAUACAUAGCACAGCCGUUCCCAUGUCGUGCGCGCGAAGAAAUUUGCUUUCUUAUAUCGAUACUGUACACCUGGCAGAACGACAUACUUAUUGGCGUACAUGGAUGAGUUUCAGUCUCUUUGUUCGCCCUAAUAUUCUCCACUCGAAUCAUAGAAACGCAGUGAUCGCGGACG